CACCAGUUGCUCCUGUUUCUCACUCUCAAUGUCCGAAAUAAAACCGCUACACCCCGUCAACUCCAACUUUGAAACUCUCGUAAGACAUUUUUAAAUGGCAAACCGUUAAAGCGACUUUCCGAUGGUGACCCGGACGGCCUUUCAUUUCAUAGGAAGCACGCCCGGUCGCAUUUACGAUGGAAACGUGUGCCCGGAGACGCGCUCAUCGUGUGGCGUUCACGCUCUUUUUGCUCGUCCUCCGUACUGCAGCUGUUAAAAGUUUUACAACAGAAACGGACACCGAUAACCCGUUGAGUACCGAAACGUUUUCUAAUACAACGAGUGUUAGCUUAAAACAAACGACUUCUCGGCCGGACGGAGAUGCAGUAGUGACGACCGCUGAGGAGAUGACGGAUAUUCCCGCCAGUGUGUCGACAACUGGAGCACGAACUGGACAUACAGAAAAAACAUCCCACAUCUCCACAAAUACAGCAGACUGGACAACACGGAUGACCUCCACUAAAGAUGGAUCCACUAAACCUUUAAUAUCCAACAAAGAGGUCACCCAUAAUGCCACAGCAGACUGGAAAACUCAGAUGUCCUCCAAGAAAGAUGGAACCACUAAACCUUUACUAUCCAACAAAGAGGUCACCCAUAAUGCCACAGCAGACUGGACAACUCAGAUGUCCUCCACGAAAGAUGGAACCACUAAACCUUUACUAUCCAACAAAGAGGUCACCCAUAAUGCCACAGCAGACUGGACAACUCAGAUGUCCUCCACGAAAGAUGGAACCACUAAACCUUUACUAUCCAACAAAGAGGUCACCCAUAAUGCCACAGCAGACUGGACAACUCAGAUGUCCUCCACGAAAGAUGGAUCAACUAAACCUUUACUAUCCAACAAAAAGGUCACACAUAAUGCCACAGCAGGCUGGACAUCUCAGAUGACAUCCACUAAAGAUGGAUCCACUAAACCUUUACAGUCCAACAAAGAGGUCACCCAUAAUACCACUGCACGUUGGGAAGGUACAUCUGAAGCAUCCUAUGGCAGCAGUUCUUCUCCAUCGCUCAUAGAGGAACGUAAUUUAGUGACGGAGACACGGACUGUGCGAGACAUUCCAGUAACGGACCUAAGAAAGCAUUACGUGGACACGGACAGCACUGAUUCUGUAUCUCACACCGAUAGCACCUACAUCUCCACCACCAGUCGUGUUGGAGAACGCACACUUCUCUCUGUGACCUCUAACAGCACCUCUUCAUACACAAAUGACUCCAGUACAUCUGAGGAUGUGUCCCUAACGUCCAGCUGGGAGGAGAGGACACCAGGGUCCACACAUGGACAAGCGAGAACUGUACAAGGUGGAUUUACUGCAUCUGGAGGUCAUAAUAUCACCAAUGCAACUCAUGGGCAGUUUUUAGAGACAGAGGAGCCGCAGGUGUCUCAAGGCACUGAGUCACAUACAAGACAACCUUUUGUCACAGAGCCAGAUGACAACCUGAAUUCAACACUACCUUUCACAGCUAUCGACGAUGGUAAAGCAGAGACUAGUGUCAUAUCAACGAGUAGUGAGACAUCUUAUACCGAAACCAGUGGGUCUGUGUCUUCCAUGCCCCCUUAUACCCACAAUGUCUCCAGUACAUCCCAGGAUAAACAUGAAACUACAGUGACUGAUACUAUGGACACCGGAUCUUCUACAGAGUUCUCUACUGGAUCUGUCAGCUCAAGUAGUCAAGAGGAUCCCAAAGGUACCUCGGACCAUACAAUGGAAGAUACAACAAUUCAAGGCUUGACCACUGCGACACCAACAUUUAACGAUGUAGCCACCACAACUGAUGACUCAUUUACCAAGUUCCUUACUCAGCGACCACGUUUCUUUCCCAAAACUGAUGAUCCGACCAGCACUGAGGUCCUGUCGACAUCUGCUAUCCCUACAACUCAGAAGCCACAGCUUACAGAAGAAACCACUUAUGAAGCAUCUACUGCAAACAGUGCCACCAACACCCCCAUCACCGGAACUGCUCCCGUCACAACCCGUCAGCUUCAGCCUAGCACCCCCACGCCAGCUGAAACAAAGCACACUACGCCUGCUACCACUGUUCAGGUGUUGCAGACAACAUCCUCCACAACCCAGCAUCUGCCUACAUCCCAUACCAGUAGACCACAUGCACCCAGUACAUCUGAUACGGCUGAUGUCACCACCUUGCACUUAGAAACAAGCACGGCCACACCAGGGAACACCACUGGGCAGGACAGCCGUGCCACAACACCUUACAGCAAGAACACUCCAACCAAGGGUACCAUAGCAUUUACUACCAAGAGUCACACAGACAAAGGUACCACAGAGAUGGGAAUGACAACCACACAGAUGCCUUCAAGGACAACCUCUUCACCUGGUCAUGUCUGUAGCCCUGACACUAAUUGUUCUAAUGGAGGCAAGUGUGUUAAAACGGCUGAGGGACAUCACUGCCAGUGUCUGCCUGCAUGGACUGGACCUUCCUGUACUGAGGAUGUGGAUGAGUGUGUGAGCAGUCCGUGCCCUCAGGGUUCAAAGUGUAUAAACACAGGUGGGUCUUUCAGCUGUGAAUGUGACCUUGGCUUUGACCUGGAGGAUGGUCGCAGCUGUACACAAGUGAAGACCUUCCUGGGCACCUUCACCGUGAACAACUCGAUGCAGCUUAAAAAUUCAAAUCUGCAUGACCUUCAAAGAGAGAUCCUACAGCUGCUCAAUGCAUCUCUCUCCAUCUUCCACGGUUACAGACGUACGACUUUGAGUAAAAAAGAUGGAGAAGGUGUGCAGAUGUCAGCAGUGAACAUGUUUUUACUCUCCACCAAUGUGACCAGCUCUGACAUCUACAACAGAAUCCAGAUGUCUUUGAACAACUGCAGCCGGACGUAUUCGCACUGCACCAUAAAACUUCAGCACCAGCUGUCCUAUCACGCGGAGAGUUUGUGCUUGGCUAAAAAACCAGACUGUGAACUCCAACACUCUGAGUGCACAGAUGUUAACGGGACCCCAUACUGCCAGUGCCAUCCAGGCUACUUCAAAAAGAACCCAGGAGACACGACCUGCAGAGACUGUGGAGAUGGACUUCAGCUUGUUAACGGAAACUGUGUUGAGUGCAUGUUUGGAUUUGGAGGUUUUAACUGCAGCAAUUUCUAUAAGCUGAUAGCUGUGGUCGUCUCUCCUGCCAGUGGAGCUCUGCUGUUAAUUGUUAUUAUCGCUCUGAUAGUCACCUGCUGCAAAAAGGACAAAAAUGACAUCAAUAAGAUCAUCUUUAAAAGUGGCGAGCUUCAGAUGUCGCCCUACGCAGAGUUUCCUAAGAGUAACCGCGUGUCCAUGGAGUGGGGAAGAGAAACCAUAGAGAUGCAGGAGAACGGCAGCACCAAAAAUCUCCUGCAAAUGACGGACAUCUAUUAUUCGGCCGCAUUAAGGAACUCUGACCUAGAGCGAAAUGGUCUGUAUCCUUUCUCCGGUCUCCCUGGCUCACGGCAUUCCUGCAUCUAUCCGGCUCAGUGGAACCCUUCCUUCAUAAGUGAUGAUUCACGACGAAGAGACUACUUUUAAUGGCCAUGCCUGGGCUUUGCGAUCUGAUGCUGCAUAAACUCUCAGUGUGGUUUGACCCGUCACAGAUUUGGAGAGUGACCACUUAAGGCCUUUGAAUGUGAAAUGAGCUGGCAGGAAAGGACUAUUAACUGUGUGAGACUGGAUGAGAGCCACAGAGCUCUUCCGAGGUCAGUUUAGCAAUUGCCCAUACAGAACCACAAUGUAGUUUCUGGUGUGGAGCUGAUGAGUAAUUGUUUUGUUCUCAUUCACCGCCGUCGAGCAUUUGUUCUUCAGUGAAAGUCUGUGAAUUGAGCCUCGAUUGGUGGAGAACAACACAAGGUGCCUGAGAUACAGUUUAACUUUUAUAAAGAUAAAAGUUUGCACUAUGAACUCCUCACAUGUUAUGUUAAAUGGAGUAAGCCAUAAAUGUAUUAUAUUUAUAUCUUAAUUAUCCUACUGGUUUUUAAGGUGGUAAUGUUUUGUGAGCGAGGAGUUAUUAAGAUCUGGUCUGGAGUAGUUCACCCAAAAAUGAAAAUUCUGUCAUCAUUUAUUUGCAGAUUUCUUUCUGUGAAACACUAAAGGUGAUUAUUUGCUAGUAAAUGUUCUUCAGAUUUAAACAAUUUAGCAUCAUGAAGCACCUGUGAGUAAACUGUGAUCCUUCUUCUAAUUUUGGGUGAACUAUUCCUUUAAUGCUUUUGAGUAGUUGAUGUAGUAACGCUGGAGGAUCAAACCUGUGGUCAGAUUUUAAUACACAAUAUUUCUGGAUGCAUUUUUCAUGAGAAAUGUAGCAAGACGACUCAUAUUCCCACAAGUCUGAACGACGGUAAUAAUCAUAAAACACAAAAUGUUGCAUUGUUUUGUCUAAUUUAUUCUAUUUAAGAUACGGUAUUGUUAUCUAAUGAUCCCCCCAUUAAACCCUUUUUCAAAAUAUGUUUUUAUAGAUGCAUAAGAGGAUGAGCAUCACCUGGUGGCAGGUGUCCAUUUUACCUAACGUGUUUAUGAGAUGCGCUUUAUUUUUAAUCUUUUAUAUCAGAGAAUUUUAACUCAUUAGUAUUUCCCCUCCUCUGUGGAUGGUCAUUUGAAUCUGGCGUUGUAGUCAGACUUGUAUUUUAAAUAAAGUAAAUAAUGUUUAAAAUUUC